AUGAACAUAUCGACAGGGGGCGAGAAGGGAGCCCCAGAUACCGACCGCAUUGUGGAGAAAUACAAGGCUGGGGCUCAGGGAAUCCCAGGUAUCACCACUACAGACCGUCCGUCUUCCGCAGCCGGCCCUUCCAGUGGCAGCGAAUCGGCAGAAUCUGCACCCGGAGCAGCAGCCGGGGCAGAAUCUAUUCCUGAUGGCGGCGUCACGGCAUGGCUCCAGGUGCUCGGCUCCUGGAUCAUCUUGGCCGAAACUUGGGGUCUGGUCAACGCGUUUGGUGUCUACCAAACAUAUUACGAAACCAACAUGCUCUCUUCGGUCUCGUCCUCAUCCAUCUCAUGGAUCGGAUCAGUGCAAGGCGCUUUGCUCAUGAUGGUCAGCUUGGUUUCGGGUCCCCUCUACGAUGCAGGCUACUUCCGCCAUCUGAUAUUCGCAGGCCUAGGCCUCGUCGUCCUGGGUCAGUUCCUCACAUCACUCUGCUCAGUAUAUUGGCAGGUGCUUCUUGCACAGGGCGUCAUGACCGGCAUCGGUAUGGGCCUGAGCUUUUUACCUUCGGCUGCAAUUCUGGCUCAGUACUUUCGCCGGCGGCGAGCCCUCGUCCUGGGAAUAUCAUCAACCGGCUCCCCCCUUGUGGGCAUCAUGCUUCCUAUCAUUUUUUCGCAACUUGAACCGAGAAUCGGCUUUGCAUGGACGACCCGCACGAUAGCAUUUAUCCUCUUGGCAUUAUCGGCCAUACCUCUGGCAUGUAUGCAUACGCGCCUGCCGCCUAGCGAGGGGUCUCGAAGGAGGAUCGUUGAUCCCACGGCGCUGCGCGAGGCAUCUUUCUUGAGCACAGUGUGCGGUUCAUUCUUCGUAUUCCUCACCCUUUACGUCCCGUUCUUUUACCUCCAGCUCUACGCAGAGACGCAUGGGCUCGCAAGUCCCGACAUUUCGCCUUACGUGGUGACCGUGCUCAAUGCCGGCAGCAUUGUUGGGAGGGUCGUUCCAAACCACAUUGCCGACCGCUUCGGGUCCGUCAACAUGCUGCUGGUGUGCGGUGUAGCCACGCUGAUAGUUCUGGUGGCCUGGUUUGGAAUCCAGAAUUUCGCUGGGUUAAUCGUCUUUGCCCUGCUGUACGGCGGCUUUUCUGGCGGUAUAGUGAGUCUGAUGCCUAGCGUCAUUAUAUCGUUGACUCCAGACCCGGGGAGAGUUGGGGCGAGGCUAGGCAUGAAUUUCCUUACGUCGGGUGUGGCUUUGUUGAUAGGAACGCCGGUCGCCGGGGCCGUAGUCAAUGGGUUCGGGCGUAGCCAGUGGUUGGGAGUAAUUGGGUACUCGAUAGCUGGAAUGCUUGCCGGGGUUUCUCUCCAUGCUACAGGCCGACUUUUGCUCUGGCGAACCAAGGGACAGGUCAAGGUCUGA